AUGUAUGCUGAUGAUGUUAUUUUUCUAGCAGAUUGGUCGGAAGAAAAUCUAAUUAAUGUCAAAACCAUCUUCACCUGCUUCUACCUUUCUUCUGGUUUGAGAAUCAAUUUUCAGAAAUCUAAGUUGUAUGGGAUUGGUGUAAAUGGUGUGCAAGCCGAUUAUUUUGCUAGAAUUAUGGGAUGUGGCCGAGGUGUUUUUCCAUUCACGUAUCAAUUGGUGUCCCGAUUGGUGCUAAUAUAUAUGAGAAGAAUGGAGUCUUGGCUUCCGGUUAUUGAUAAAUUUAAUAAGAGAUUAUCAAGAUGGAAAGCUAAUCUACUCUCUAUUGGUGGGCGUUCUACGUUGAUAACUUCAGUUCUUGGCGCCGUUGGAACUUAUUUUAUGUCCUUAUUUCGCCUUCCAGUUACCGUUACAAAGAAACUUGAAGGUUUGCGUGCUAAUUUUUUCUGGAAAAUGCAUUGGAUUAGCUGGAACAUUGUUAUGGCUAGCAAGGUGCACGGUGGCCUUAAUAUUGGUUCUUUGCAUGCCCUCAAUCGUGGUUUACUUCUCAAAUGGAGAUGGAGGUACGUGACUAACCCUAAUGCUCUUUGGGUCUCCGUUGUGAACAAUAUACAUAGCCCAGACUCUUUUUCGGAUUGGGUGAAACCGGGUUUCACUAAUCUGGUACGUGGCACGUCAUCAAUGAGGCUUGCUUCUGAACUAGCUUGA